AUGGACUCACUUUCAGGGACAGGUGUAUUCGAUCUGUUUAAUCUCGACAAUGGUGAUGACAUUGAUUUCGAGACAGCAUACAAGAUGAUAAGUAACUUUGACGACGAAAUGGUGCUUCCGAAGAUGAAUUUCGUGGAGUUUACGGAAAUUGGUCUCAGUGGCACUUUGCCAUCAAUGUCGCACCUGGCACCAGGGGUGGAAGAACCGCAGGAGCAGAACCAACAGGAAAAUGAGCACCGGGAGGAUGGGGGCCAGCAUGAAGAUAUUAAAUCAUGGAUACAUAACGAUAAAAUCCAUGAGCCUGGCUUCGAUAAAAAUCAAGUCUCAUCUUCAAGAACAAUGGUUGACAUACGCUCGUCCUCAGCAAGGCCUGAACUUCUUAGCACAUAUGAAUCCAAUGCUAUCGAACACUUUUUGGACAAUCUGAUAUCACAAGAUGAGGGUUCAACCACAACAGCACCGUGCAGAACUUGUGAGAGCGAUCUCCAAGUGCCCCAUAUUGGAGUUGACAAAUCGUUAGAAGAACUUGUACCGCCAAUGGCGAAGACAAGCACAAGAGAGAGAAAAGAGUCAUUUGAUGUAUAUGUAGCGCCUGUUGUUCAGAUACCUGACAUUACGAUCUCAGACUCGGAAGCUCCAGCACAUUUGGCCCACGAUCCACGGCCGUUGAGAAAGUGGAAGCACGUCGAAGUUGAAAGGUCGAGACGAAAUUGUAUAAAGAAGACUUUUGAAGAAUUGAUUUCAUUGACGAAAUAUCCACGAGGCGAGAACAAUAAAAUAGUCAAGUCUUCUUCCGAUAAAAGAGUACCGAAACAUACACUUUUAGCUUUCAUUGUAGAGGAUAUGAAAUCAAUUUUGCAGGCGAAUGAGCAAUUACUUCUUUUAUUGGAGGAAUCUAAGGGUAACACAGGACGAAAAGGGGAACAUCAUUAG